GCCAGCGCUGCGAGGCCAAGAGCGUCGGCCGAACGCGGAACCAGGCUCGGCGACAGCCACUGACGAAUCGAAGCCAAGGAGCUUGGUUACUUCAUAACCGGAAGGCAUCGCGCACAAGAGCCGGCGGCGGGUCCCCUAGAAGACGGUGACGAAGAAGAGUGAGAGGAGAGUUGCACUGAGGAUAAGAUUUGGAUAGUUGCGAGUUGGGCGUUGGGUUAUUUUAUUUAACCACGGUGUUUAGAACAACAUACGGCUGGGAUUGACCAAAAGGUAUAGUCUAGAUUACUCUGAACUGUUUGCUAGCUAUACUCCUUUUUGCCUGUCUUUGUUCGUCGGUUUAGUGAUCUGGAAUGAGGGGCUAGUUAAAAUGAACAGCCUUUUCGGCAAUUAGACUCCAAGGUGUUCUCGCUUCGAGAGCUCUUACUCAGGGCGUCGUUGGGUACGCUGUAGCGUCGCAUUGGUGCUUCGAUCGGAGAUCGCCUUGAUUACAUAUGAAGCCCUUAAUUUUGCAAGUCUCCCGACGUUGAGACCGUCGCUCGAGGCAGAUGAAAGGUAUUCAUUCAACAGCCAGGGUAGGUUCACUUGGUUUGGUUAGUAAUUCCAACACUAGCAUGGGUGGGACAUCCAUUUUAAACAAAAGGGUUUGGUUUUAGCUGAUUAUAUCUGUUGUGAGCACCCUUGUGAGCACUAUCAGCAAUCGACAAUCGUUUCUCAGCAGCGUCGUUUUUCGAGUCCGUGUAGCUGCGGCUGCAGCUGAGUUUGGCCUUGAAUCCGCGACGAGAGCAAGCAGCAUCAAAGACCAAGUGCAGUUAUCGGAGCAGCUUGAUCGCUGGCUCAAUUGAACGCUGAGCUAAAACAAGACAUUGUAUCGGAAAGCUGUCCAACAUGAAACCUUCUGGUUGAUGCAAGUGCAACAAACUUGGUGAGCGCCAUGACUUGUGCUGGCUUGUCCGGCCACAUACAUGUUGUAGACGGCCUCAUCGAGGGUUCUAGCUCUCCUCCAGCACUAGGUGCAGCUUUUGUGGGAGCAUUAUCAGGUCUUCAGAAAGACAUCGUUGAUUAUGUGGUCCGCGCUGCUGACAGAGAUGGACUUGAUAAAUGCCUUCUCAUGAGCGCAGCUCGAAUUUGGAGUUGUAGCACUCUGGAGGACGUUGAAUUCUUACUCUAUGCUAUUCAGAGCUUGACUAAUGCUGGAGCUGUAAGCUUCCAAAAAGCUUUGCAACUGAGUUGUGGCGACGCUGUCAUCGAACACUGGAAUGGCCUCAUUUUCAUGGAAAAAGCUAGCAUUCUUCAGAGACUAGUGGAUUUGGGGAUUAGCCAUCUGACUCCAGAUUUCUUCGGGCGGAUCCUCUUGAUGACUUGUGUGACCUUCCUAUUCAAGUUACUCCAGUCCCAGAAGAAGGUUAGUCGAAGUCAGUUGGAGUCAACGAAACUGCACCUCAAAUCUGGAGAGGAUCUAAGAUGCGAAGCGAUUGUGCAGGAUAUGAUCAAUCUCCUGUCAGUCUUAUGUAAGAACGAGGGAGCUAACGUCUUCAGCAGUCAACUACUGAAUGUUACCUUCGGAAGACUUGAAGAUGUCGGGCGUUUGCUGCACGUUUCGAAUUUACCUAUGGAAAACAACUACGCCGAGUGGCCACUGAGGAUGAUUAAAUUUUUACUUACUGACUGUGGCAUCAAGGAUUUGAGUGACACAGUUACCACGCUCGCUGCGUUUCAGGCAGCCCGACUAAACAUUCUGCUUCCUGUCGUGCAGCUCUUCAUCGAACUUCAAUGCUUCGAGGCUGUGUACGUUUAUCUGGAUUUGUCCAUAACAUUUUGUCAAAUGGAUGCAAUCCGUUACCUUCUCGGUGUCGUAUCCCAGCCAGUCGACACAGCACGUUUGAUUCAGGCCGUGCGUCUGGCGGCCUCGAAUAGGAGGGGCCCGCCCCGUGGGCCACAAGGGGUCCUGUGUGCCCUUCAUUCAAACUUUUUGAGGGAUAAGGACUACACCUUGACAGAGGCCGUUAUGUUAGCGGAAUUGCCUGAAACAGAUCCAUCGGUAAAAAUGGCUUUAAAAACGGAGUGGUCACCGAAAGCUUUCGAAGCAGGGGUGCAGGCUGGAGAGAACCAUUUUUUGAGCUUUAUGCUUGUUAAGAAGCAUGCGAGGUCGCCAUUGCGUGUGGGUGAGUUGCCAUUAGAUUUGCAAGCAGCAAUUGGGUAUCUUCCUUUGUACAAGGACUGUUGGAAUACUCCUGGCAGUCUUUUAUCGCAAAGGCAACGAGGGGAGUUAAUUGCAGCUUUGCGACGAAUAGAUCACGGGGGUGGAAGCCUUUCUGAAUCAGAGCUUCUGAAUGCCGAAAAGCCAAUGCUGUUGAGCCGCCUAGCAGCCUUUCUUCCAGCUUGGUGCUCUGCGACAGCCUUUCAGUCAUGCUGUUCCUCUUGAGAUCGAGCGAGACCUAAGUCCAGCAAUGGAUGACACUCUUUAUACCGAACAUGGUUUACCGUUGAGGAGGCUAUUUUUCUCGGUGACAAGACUUCACCACGUACUCUUGGAGUUGAUACGGGAGGUUCUCUUUCCACUGCGUAUCAAAAUCAUGUUUUAUUUAGCGAGCAAUGUCUAAGAUCUGGUCUUUCAUUUCUCGCGAUUACAGACUACAAGGGGUUUCUGCUUGUGCUGAACAUGAGGAUGUUAUUGAUGCAUAUGUAUAUAUAUAUAUAUAUAUAUAUAUGUAUGUAUAUAUGUAUAUAUAUAUAUAUAUGUAUGUAUAUAUGCAAACUCGAAUGAUUAUCGCAUGCUGAACCCAGCCUUUAUCAAAGCAUUGUGGAUUUCAACGUCCAAUUAUUGAUGAAACUUAGUGACACAUCUGACAGAAUGUGUAUCAGCAUGCGAUUAAUGAAAAUGCCAGUUCUAGUCAAAGCUUUUCAACUGCUGCCAAGUGAUAAACCUCGGAACUUAAACAUUAUCUUCCACUUC